UUACUACAAUAUUGAUUUGACUUCCCAAAUCAAAAAAAAAUAAAACCCCAAAUUAUAACCUCACCGGAGAUCCACCGUAACCCUAACCCUAGAAUCAUCAUCUCCACCAUGGAUGGCAGCAUCCUGGAAUCAAUCGGAGUCGAAAUCAUCGGCGUAAUGUCUCCAGUCUCCAUCUGCAUGCUGUUAGUCGUCCUCUUAGUCUACUCCUUAACCUCCUUCAACUCACCGUCCGUCGAACCAAUCCGCACCGCCGCUAAUCUCGUCUAUCUCGAAGCUCCGUCCGAUUCCACAUCGCAGAAGAUCGAAGGAUCACUCCUCAACGCUCUCGUCUUCGUCAUCUUAAUCGCCGCGGUAACAUUUCUCCUCGUUGUUCUCUAUUACUACAAUUUUACCAACUUCCUGAAGAAUUACAUGCGUUUUUCCGCCUUUUUUGUUCUCGGUGCUAUGGGCGGAUCGAUUAUGUUAUCAAUUGUUAGGCAGUUUUCGAUUCCGGUUGAUGCGAUUACGUGUUUUAUCUUGUUGUUUAAUUUCACGGUUGUCGGAGUGGUUUCGGUGUUUGCGGAGGGGAUUCCGAUUCCGAUUGUGUUGCGCCAGGUUUAUAUGGUGGUGUUAGGGAUAAUUGUGGCUGCUUGGUUUACGAAUCUGCCGGAGUGGACUACGUGGACGUUGCUUGUCGCGUUGGCAGUUUAUGAUUUGGUUGCGGUGUUGGCGCCUGGUGGUCCGCUUAAGAUUUUGGUUGAGUUGGCGUCGAGUAGAGAUGAUGAGUUGCCUGCGUUGGUGUAUGAGGCGAGACCGACGGUGUCGAGAGGUUCGAGGAGGGGUGGGUUGGGGCUUUUGGUUGGGGGUGUGUCGUCGGAUGAUGUGGAGGUUGAGAUGAGUCGACGUAAUGGUACCGGUUCUGGUUCUGGUUCUGGUUCGGGAGAUGGUGAGUCGGUUGAGAUGAUGGAUGAAGAGACGUCUCCGUUGGUGCCGAAUGCACGAGAUGGUGCGUUUUCGGUUUCUGUGGGUGGUAGUGAUCAGUUUCGGCAAGCUGAGAUUGUUGAAGAUGAAGGGGAAAGGACACCGCUUGGUGCGAUAUUGGGUAUGAGGGAUGAGAUGGAACCGCAAUCGAGGGGUGGGGAUGUUCGUGAGGAGAUGACUAGAGGGAUAAAACUCGGGCUAGGUGACUUUGUUUUCUAUAGUGUUCUUGUUGGUAGGGCUGCGAUGUAUGAUUUAAUGACGGUUUAUGCGUGUUACCUUGCUAUUAUAUCUGGAUUGGGGUGCACUCUUAUACUGUUGUCGGUGUUUCGUCAUGCUUUGCCUGCUCUGCCGAUUUCUAUAGCUCUCGGCAUCAUAUUCUACUUCUUGACACGCGUAUUAAUGGAACCAUUUGUGGUUGGGACAUCAACAAAUUUAAUGAUGUUUUGACUCUUGUUUUCUCGUUUUCUGUAAGAAGUUACCGAAUUGAGGUAUUAUCAUAGAGGUCAUUCCAGAUUAUAUAGUCGAAUCAUUCUAGUUGGGGGAUAACUAGCAUCUUUUGAGCUGUAAAGUUCUUGCAAACUAUAUUCAUGAAUUCAUGUAAGUUUUUGAGGUUGUCAUGAUUCAAGAGUAAAUGAGAUCAAGUCCCAAGUUUAUCUAGAGCUGAGACAUUUUAUUUA